ACGAGGCAGCAUGGCGUGGAGACAGCUGAGGAGGCGGGCCCUGGACGCCGCGGUCAUCCUGGGGGGUGGAGGCCUGCUCUUCACCUCCUACCUGACGGCCACUGGGGAUGAGCACUUCUACGCAGAGCACCUGAUGCCGGCCCUGCAGCGGCUGCUGGACCCCGAGACAGCACACCGGCUGGCCGUGCGCGUCACCUCCCUGGGACUCCUGCCUCCAGCCAAGCAGCAGGACUCCGAGAUGCUGGAAGUGAGAGUCCUAGGCCACAAAUUCCGAAACCCGAUAGGCAUUGCUGCUGGAUUUGACAAGCAUGGGGAAGCCGUGGACGGCCUGUAUAAGAUGGGCUUCGGCUUUGUCGAGGUUGGAAGUGUGACCCCAAAGCCUCAGGAAGGAAACCCAAAACCCCGCGUCUUCCGCCUCCCUGAGGACCAGGCUGUCAUCAACAGGUACGGAUUUAACAGUCACGGGCUCUCGGUGGUGGAGCACAGGUUACAGGCCAGGCGGCAGGUGCAGGCCAUGCUCACAGCAGAAGGGAUGCCACUGGGCAUAAACCUGGGGAAGAACAAGACUUCGGUGGAUGCUGCUGCGGACUACACCGAGGGCGUCCGGGUCCUGGGCCCGCUGGCCGACUACCUGGUGGUGAAUGUGUCCAGUCCCAACACGGCUGGGCUGCGGCGGCUGCAGGGCAAGGCUGAGCUGCGCUGCCUGCUGACCAAGGUGCUGCAGGAGAGGGAUGCCCUGAAGGGGCCACACCAUCCAGCGGUGCUGGUGAAGAUCGCCCCUGACCUCACGGCCCAGGACAAGGAGGACAUCGCCAGCGUGGUGAGAGAGGUGGGCGUCGAUGGACUGAUCAUCACCAACACCACAGUGAGCCGUCCCGCCUGCCUGCGGGGCGCCCUGUCCUCUGAGGCCGGAGGGCUGAGCGGGAAGCCACUGCGGGAUUUAUCCACUCAAACCAUUCGAGACAUGUACACACUCACUGAAGGCAGGAUCCCCAUCAUUGGAGUGGGUGGAGUCAGCAGUGGGCAGGAUGCGCUGGAGAAGAUCCAGGCCGGGGCCUCCCUGGUGCAGCUGUACACGGCCCUCACCUACGGUGGGCCACCCGUGGUGGGCAGAGUCAAGCGCGAGCUGGAGGCCCUUUUGAAAGAGCAGGGUUUUCACAGAGUCACAGAUGCCAUUGGAGUGGAUCACCGGAGGUGAGGAAGUUGACCGACGAAGUCCAGCCUGGGACCUUUGUGUAAACUCAGAUGAGCCUUUGUGGCCAGACCACAGAGGAGGGGCUGUCGUACGUCUUGUCCCUGAAACUGUGGCUGACCGGGCUGUGAAGGCCAGUCAUGGGAUCACCCAGCUGAGCAGAAGGCAUUCUCCAGUCGCUUGGUCAGACCACGAACUUCAGCCAUUAUGGCAAGGAUACUGGACAUCUGGAGAGAAAAAUCAUUGGAAAAAAUAAAGCCAUUGAAACCU